GACGCGGCCGCCGCAAAGCCGACUUCGCCGUCGGCGUCGUCGCGUAGAACCAGCCGCGGAGGUGGCCGGUAGUGGUCCUCGUCCUGGAGCACGUGCCGCCGGCUAGUAGUCGCGUGUCAUCGCUGGCCGGUAGACGGUACGAAAUUAGAAGCAUUUUGUCCUGCGUAAAUUAAAAAAUUAAAAGAAAAAGGAACGAGCUAACGUAUAGAAGAAGAUGGAUGGAGUAAAAUCUAAAGAUAAAGAGCGCAACGUUUCUCUCUCCGAUAAGAAGCUCUCUGUAGCUUAAUUCGCGGUCGCGUUGUUGAUACAACCAGUUGAUACAUCGCGGUAUUAAUAGUGCGAUGAGAUUGUAUCGCGAUAUAGCUACGAAUUGAACGAUUGUUUCCGUGAAACACGUUUCGCAUGAAGAAUCCAGGUUUUACGAGAUCAUCGCCGAGAGUUAUAGUCGGCUAAGGAAAACGAUAUUGGAAGCAAUUAAAUUUGCAAAUAUUUAUCCCGAACUAAGAAAGGGAUCUCCGUGGAAAAAUAACGCGACAGGAUUGGACCCGAUGAUUACGGCGGACAUCAGAUAUGGCCUGGUUCCUUGCAAACGAGACAGAACCAUUGGUCGAUGACAAUUACGUGUUGAACGUAUUGAACUACAUUAACGAACUAAACGAGUCGCUUAGCAGCGAGCAGUCUAAGUGUCUCGAACGCAAGCAUCAGGAUCAAAACAGGAAACAGGAUCGGUUGGAAUGUGAAGUGAACUGGGACACUAUAUUGUGCUGGCCCCGAACGCCUCCCGGCACUCUGGCUACCAUCCCUUGUUUCGACGAGCUCAAUGGAAUACUCUAUGAUAACACUCAAAAUGCCAGUCGGUGGUGUUGGCCCAAUGGAACAUGGGACAAUUACUCCAAUUAUUCUUUGUGUCGAGACCUGCGGCUACCGGCGAUCGAGCUUGGGGUGGAAAUAUCGACUACGUUAUAUUUCAUCGGUUAUGGCUUGUCCUUAUUCACUUUAAUCGUCGCAGUCUGCAUAUUUAUCUAUUACAAAGAGUUACGGUGUCUUAGAAACAACAUACACACAAAUUUAAUGUUCACAUAUAUUAUGGCUGACUUGACGUGGAUUUUAACUACUGUAAUGCAGGUAUCCAUGCAAUCAAAUAUACCAACUUGCGUGACGCUCUUUUCGCUUCUUCAUUACUUUCAUUUGACGAACUUUUUCUGGAUGUUCGUCGAAGGUCUAUAUCUAUAUUUGUUGGUCGUGAAAACGUUCACCGGCGACAAUAUCAAGUUGAGACUUUGCUUAGUGAUCGGCUGGGGUGUUCCGAUUCUUGUAAUAGCAAUGUGGGGAAUCGCCAAAUCGCUCAAUCAAAAAGUCAUGAGCCACGUCGUGAACCAGAUUAAUCAGGAAGUCGCGCUUUGGAGGCACUGUCCCUGGAUGAUACCACAUCCCUACGACUGGUUUUAUCAAGCACCCGCUAUAACAGUCCUCGCAGUGAAUAUGAUAUUCCUUUUCAUGAUUAUGCGGGUGUUGAUAACAAAACUAUGGUCUGCUAAUAACGUGGAGACUCAGCAAUAUCGGAAAGCCAGUAAAGCUCUCUUAGUGUUAAUACCACUUCUGGGAGUGACGUACGUGCUGGUCAUAGCGGGACCCACCGAAGGCCAGGUCGCAAAUAUAUUCUCCUAUGCGCGUGCGGUGCUGCUUUCUUCACAGGGAUUCUUUGUUGCGUUGUUUUACUGUUUUCUUAAUACGGAAGUGCAGAAUACAGUCAGGCAUCAUUUCUCACGAUGGAGCACCGCGCGAAAUCUUGGCAAUCAUCAGAGGUAUUAUAACAACUGGUCGCCCCGUUCAAGAACGGAAAGCAUAAGGUUAUAUUGUCAACCGUCGAAUCCGUACCAAAAGCGAGAAUCCACAGUAAGUGAAACCACCACUACGACAGUGAUAGGCCCGAAUUCCACCACGACGUUUCUCGAUAAGUCCAAGAAUGCUAUUUCGGAAGACCUCAACGAAUGAGAGAGAUUCGCGAGAGAGACAAGAUUCGCGAGAGGAAUUCCGAUGUAAAACAGUAGUAUACAAAAUGUUACUUCUGGACCACCGCAAUUGGGCACAUGAAAAAAAAUGGCUAAAAUUACCAAAGAAAAAAUCUAAAAUCCAUUAAAAUUUAUCAAAAAGGAGUUAAAAUCAUACGAAAAUCCCUCUUUUUCAACCAAAAAAUGGCUCUUGUAUCUCAGAUUUCACAAACGAAUUUUCUAAAAUGUCCGCUAAGCCUGACUUGGCCCAAUGGCUAUCCCCAUAUAGCAUCCUAUGUCCAAAAGACAUUAACAGGACAUCCUGAAGAUUUCUAAUCACCCAAAGAUAUCUUCUGGAUACGUUCUGGACAUUUUUUGGAUAUGCAUGCUAUGGGUAAACAUUUUUUUCUUUUGAUUUUUGCUUAAUUUUUGGAGAGCUCAGUUUUGGUGGUCUAUAUUUCUUGAGGUACUUUUGGGUGUUUCAAAAAAGAGAAAUUUUCGCAUGAUUUAACUCCUUUUUGAUAAAUUUUAAUGGAUUUUAGAUUUUUUCUUUGGUAAUUUUUUUCAUGCGCCCAAUUGCCGUGGUCUAGAAGUAAUAUUUUGUAUACUAUUUAAAACAAAUUUCGCGUCGCGUUGCAUCGCGGCAGAUUUUAUCAUCGAUUGACUGCAUUUUUCAUGAAUAGCUUGUAGUUAUGUGAAAAAUUUGAAAAUUUGCCGUAUUUUUUUAAGAUCUUCAGGCAUAGACUCUUCUCAAGCUGAAGAAUGCAAUAAUAACGAAAUAAUUUUUCACCGACAAUGAUAGUAACUUGAAAAUUUGAAGAAAUUUCUUCAAUAUUUUUAUAUCAUUAAGAUUCUUAGCUUUCCAUUGCAGCCCUAAUUUUUGACUGAAAGCGAGA